AUGAGAAAACUUUUAAAUACUGCUAUUAUGGACUUGAAAAAAACAAAAAAAAAUAAUGUAGAAUCGAAAAUUUUUAAAGAAAACUUAAAAUCAUUAAUUAUAAAAAAUAUAGAUAAAUUUGAAAAUGAGGAAAUUCUUAAAAUUAUAGAAAAAUACAAUGAAAAAAAUUACAAAGACGAUAAAAUACUUAAAUGUAGCUAUGAUGUUUUUAAAAACAAUAUACAUAGAUAUUCAUUUGAUCAAAUUAAUAAAAUUAUGAAAUUAUAUUAUAUAUCUCAAAUUAAAGAUAUUCAAUUUAAUAUAUCAAUUUUUAAUUAUAUAAUUAAAAGAUUAGAUGCAAUAGCUCCAUCUGCAACUGUCAAUAUUUUCCACAAUUUAGUAAGAUCUGGAUUAAGAGAUUACAAAAAUAUUAAUAUAAUAAAAGAUCAUUUUAUAAAAAAUAUUGAUAAAUUCAAUACCUUAGAUUUAACAAUUAUUUUAAAUUCUUUUACUAUAUUACAAGAAGAAUUAUUAAAGAAAUCUGCGAAUUUGUUCACUAAUGAAAAUGCUAAUAGUGUAAUUUCAAAGGAUUCAUUAUAUUCAUCUGAUAAUAAUUCUAUAUUUACAUUAAUUUUAAAUAAAAUAAAAAAUGAUAAAUAUAUCCAUAAUAAUUUAAGUGUAGUGAAUUCUGUUUUAAUAUUAAAUAUGAUCAGCCGAGUAAAUAUUUGUAAUUAUGAAAUUUUUAAAUUUUUUACUAAAAAGUAUUAUAAAAAUUUAAAGGAAAAAGAUUUAGAGCCUCAUCACUUCACAUUAUUGCUAAAUUCAUUUGCUAAAUGCAACAUACAUAUUAAUAUUAUGAAAUAUAUCUUAAAAUAUAUGAAUAAUGAUAAUUUUAUCAGUCAUUUAUCAUAUGUGAAUAUUACGAAUGCGCUUCAUUAUAUGGCAAAAUUUAAUUAUAGCAAUAAAUAUUUUCUUAAUAAUUUAAAGAAUAGAGUGAUUGAAAUAAUUGAUGAUAUUCCCCAAAGAGAAUUUAGUAACAUUAUGUGGUCAUUGUCUAAGUUAAAAGUUAAUGACAAUUAUUUUUAUUUAGUUUCCUUUAAAAAAAUUAAAAAUAUUAUUCAUUUAUUAGACAUGAUGUCAAUUGCUCAAAUCUUAGAUUCCAUGAGAAGAAGGAAAAAUUUUGCAAAUAAAAUGGAUAAGAAUAGUAAUUCAGAAGAAAAAAGCUUUAAAGAUGAUACACUUAGCAAAUUAUCAAAUCAUUCUAAAGGUCUUACUAAAAUGGAUAAAGAAAUAAAUAAUAAAAUUUUGACAAAUAAUGUUUCUACAACUAGUGAAUAUCAUAAAAAAAUAGACAAUAAAAAUAGUUAUGAAAAAAAAGAAAAAUAUGAGGAAAAAGAAGAGGGAAUUUAUGAGAAUAAUAACACAAAAAAGGAACUAUCAGAAAAUGAAAUAGAGCAAAAAAUUGAAAGAAUAAUCGAAAAAAAAAUAGAUACAUGUAAUAUAUCUGAAGAAUAUGAAAAAAAUAUUACUGAUUUAUUAAUAAAAAAGUAUUUAGAAAAUAUCGAAAGCUGCUCUCUUCAUGUAUUAACACAAGUUCCUUUUUGUUGCUUACAACUAAACUAUACUGGAAAUGAUGUUUAUUAUAAGUCACUUGAGGUUAUAAAAAAGAAAAGAAAUUAUAUGAGUACUUUAAAUUUAAUAUACGCAAAAUAUUUUAUUAGAAUUUUUAUUGAAAAACAAGAAAGUAAUUUCCAAAAAUUGCCUCGUCCUCUAAAAUAUUUUGCUAAAGAUAUUAUGAAUAGUGAUAAUUAA